CGCAAAGCAGAAGAGAGGCGGGCACGCCGCGAUGCAAGGGCGGUCGGCGCAGCCCAGGGACUGACUUCAGCCGGGCAGUCGGGGCUUCUUGGCAGGUGAUGGCGCCCCCCGUGGCCUGAAAGUCCAGCGCCCUCGGCAAGCGGCAGACAGGCCUCUCUCCGUGUGUCUUUGUCAAGUCUCCGGGCUACUUUGAACAUGCUGGUGCGGCUAGCCAAGCUGUCCUGCCCUGUGUAUCAGUGCUUCCAUGCCUUAAAAAUUAAGAAAAAAUGCCUACCUCUGUGUGCUACAAGAUGGUCUUCAACUUCUGUUGUACCUCAAAUUACUACCCACUACACUGUUCAUCCCCGGGAAAAAGACAAAAGAUGGGAAGGAGUGAAUAUGGAGAGAUUUGCAGAAGAAGCAGAUGUGGUAAUAGUUGGCGCUGGCCCUGCAGGGCUCUCUGCAGCUAUUCGUCUAAAGCAGCUGGCUACUGAACAAGGAAAAGACAUCCGUGUGUGUCUGGUGGAGAAAGCUGCUCAGAUAGGAGCUCACACGCUCUCAGGGGCUUGCCUUGAUCCAGCUGCUUUUAAAGAGCUUUUCCCAGACUGGAAGGAGAAGGGGGCUCCACUUAACACUCCUGUAACGGAAGACAGAUUUGCAAUUUUAACAGAGAAACAUAGAAUUCCUGUGCCAAUUCUUCCAGGUCUUCCGAUGAACAAUCAUGGCAACUACAUUGUACGCCUAGGACAUCUAGUGAGCUGGAUGGGGGAACAGGCAGAGGCUCUUGGAGUUGAAGUGUACCCUGGAUAUGCUGCUGCUGAGGUCCUUUAUCAUGAAGACGGUAGUGUAAAAGGAAUUGCCACUAAUGACGUAGGAAUACAAAAGGAUGGUGCACCAAAGUCAACAUUUGAGAGGGGACUAGAACUGCACGCCAAAGUCACAGUCUUUGCAGAGGGUUGCCAUGGACACCUAGCCAAGCAGCUUUAUAAGAAGUUUGAUUUGAGGGCCAGCUGUGAUCCCCAGACCUAUGGAAUUGGUUUGAAAGAGUUAUGGAUUAUUGAUGAAAAGAAGUGGAAACCUGGGAGAGUAGAUCACACUGUUGGUUGGCCUUUGGACAGACAUACUUAUGGAGGCUCUUUCCUUUAUCAUUUAAAUGAAGGUGAACCUCUAGUAGCUGUUGGUUUUGUGGUUGGUCUAGACUAUCAGAAUCCAUACCUAAGUCCUUUCAGAGAGUUCCAACGGUGGAAGCACCACCCCAGCAUCCAGCCCACACUGGAGGGUGGGAAGAGGAUAGCCUAUGGAGCCCGGGCACUCAAUGAAGGCGGCUUGCAGUCUAUACCAAAACUUACUUUUCCUGGUGGCUUACUAAUUGGUUGUAGCCCUGGUUUCAUGAAUGUUCCCAAGAUCAAAGGUACCCAUACAGCAAUGAAAAGUGGAAGUUUGGCAGCAGAAUCAAUUUUUAAUCAAUUAACUAGUGAAAAUCUCCAAUCAAAGACAACAGGACUCCAUGUAACCGAGUAUGAGGAUAAUUUGAAGAAAUCUUGGGUAUGGAAAGAGCUACAUGCUGUUAGGAAUAUAAGGCCAUCCUGCCAUGGGAUACUGGGAGUAUAUGGAGGGAUGAUUUACACUGGAAUAUUUUACUGGAUAUUGAGAGGAAUGGAGCCAUGGACUCUAAAACAUAAAGGCUCAGACUCUGAUCAGCUCAAACCAGCUAAGGACUGUACACCCAUUGAAUAUCCAAAACCCGACGGACAGAUCAGUUUUGAUCUCUUAUCAUCUGUGGCUUUGAGUGGUACUAAUCAUGAACAUGAUCAGCCAGCACAUUUAACCUUAAAGGAUGACAGCGUGCCUGUUAAUAGAAAUCUGUCCAUAUAUGAUGGGCCUGAGCAGCGAUUCUGCCCUGCAGGAGUUUAUGAAUUUGUUCCUUUGGAACAAGGUGAUGGAUUUCGAUUACAGAUAAAUGCUCAGAACUGUGUGCAUUGUAAAACAUGUGAUAUCAAAGACCCAAGUCAGAAUAUUAACUGGGUGGUGCCAGAAGGUGGAGGAGGACCUGCUUACAAUGGCAUGUAAAACACAAGCGCCUUCAUUUACUGGCACGUGUGAUAGCCAGUUUCUAUAAAACUGUAAGUGUAUGCCAAUGUUUAGAAAACUUCUGAACAAGUGUCCUUAAACAUUACUGAAGUAAAAAACUUUAUAUCUAAAGCUGUCCAUAAAAUCAUGAACUAUUUCUCAUAAAUAAAACUUUACAAAUAAAUGA